AUGGCGAAUUUUGUCAAUAACAAAAAUUUGUCGAAGGGUCUUUCGAUUGCUUCUAGCCCCAAAUCACAUGCAGGUCAACCUGUAAGACCAAUAAUCUCAAAAAAUUUGGAAAUCGGAAGGGCAACUGGUGGUAAGGUGGCAGUAUUUCUUAUUAAAACUUUUGCAUUAGAAGCUGUACGGAGGUUUUCCAGGGCCAAGUGUCCGUUUCUGUGGACUGGGCUUCAAGGUUUACAAGUUUUUUGCUACCCCCCAUUGAAAUGGUUACAGCGCUGGAAUCCUUUUGGGUACUUGGUUAAUGGAAUGCAGAUGUUAUCAGGCCCGUUGCUGGUUCUUUCUAUUGCGAAUGCUAUCUCUGAACAUUCGGACUGCAGUAGUUUUCGCUCGGGUGAUGCAGAAAAUUCUCCUGGCACUGAUGACUCUCAACCGAGUUCAGAAUCUAUUUCAGGCUGCUCAUCUUUACAGUGUAAUGAGGGCAUGAGUGUUGGUGAUGAAGACCUGCACAACCCUUCUUCUACAGUCUGGAUGGACCACCUUUGUGAAGAGCUGGAAAAUCAGGGGAUUACUUUGCCAGAAAGAUUUAACAAAGAAGAACUCCAUAGAUUUUAUGCUGCUGCAAACGGCGAUUUUCCUAGUUUGCUAUCAUCUGUAAAGAAAACAAUACGUUGGAGAGAGACAUACAGAAUUCUCUCAGGAGAGGAACUUGAGAUGUGGUCAAAUAUGAUCUUCUGGCAUGGAUUUGACUCGAGGCGUAGGCCCUGUCUUAUUAUCAGAUUUGGCCUGGCUUGUAUCAGCCUGCCGGCUCAUGAUAGACCUCGAUUUGCUCAGGCACUUGUAUCUCAGGUGGAGCUUGGAGUUCUGCAGUUGCUGGAUGGAGAUAAUCCGCAAAUCACUGUCCUAGUUGACUGUCAAGGGCUGUCGUCACUGAGACUUCCUAUGCAAACAGUGAGAUACUGCUGCAAUAUUUUGCAAUCUCACUUUCCAAAUGUUUUGGGUUGUCUAAUUGUCAUACGGCUUCCUUCAGUUGUCCGUGUUAUUGCCCAAACAUUUAUUCAGGUUCUUAAACCUGCCACGAAACAAAAACUGAGAAUCGAAGGGCAGUCGUACAAGAAAGUACUAGCCGAGUGUUUUCAGACAAUCCCAUCAUAUUUAGGUGGAUCGUGCACUUGCACAAGAUGUGUUAGGCUCGACUCGUCAAGCAGUUUGCAGCAAAUUUCAAAUCGGCAAGCCUACAUCAGAGAGUCAAUUUCAGAUCUUGCAAAUGCUGAGAAUUUUCUAUCCGAUCAACCGACAUAUCAGUAUGACAUGACCAUGGAUAAUUCCUGCAGCCGAACUUUACGCAGUGCUGUUAUUGGCGUCCUCAUUAUCUGGGUUUUGUUCGCUUUUAUUGAGGGUAUAAGUAACCCGGAGACCCGUCCAUUUUUACCCUGA